AAACAAAAAUGUUUCUUCUUAUAUAGUCUUUUCCUCAAUACUGGCCGCAACAUGGAAUUAAAAAGUAUGGGGAUGCCACUGUUAAACUGAUAGAGACCAAGGACAUGGAUAGUAUAAUUGCAAGGCAGUUUGAAGUUACAAAGCAAGGGACUCGUCGUAUUGUGUUUCAUCUGCAACACUUGAAUUGGAAGAACAGAUGCUUCCCUGCUGAUCCCCAGACAGUGUUGAAUUUGAUCGAUGAAGUACAAAAAUAUCAACAGAAGUCAGGAAACUCCCCAAUAGUAGUUCAGUGCAGCAAUGGUGUUGGUCGUAGCGGUACAUUCUGUGCUAUUGCCUCGUGUCUUGAACGAGUCAAACAAGAGCAAGUAUUGGACGUCUUUCAGACCAUUAAGAGUAUUCGUGUCAACAGGCCAGGAGCUGUAGAAACAUUGACUCAGUACGUCUUCUGCUACAAUAUCAUACAAAAAUAUCUGGACUCCUUCAGUAAUUACGCCAAU